GACAUUGAGCAAGGGCAAAUAGUCAACAGGUAACAAGUAGAGAGAGAGAGAGAGAGAGACAGACAGACGGAGGGAGAGAGAGAGAGAUACCCCAGGGGCAUAACUCAGACACUGAAACAGUCAUCACCUUCCAAGGACCAGAACAGCACAAGUUGAAAAAGAGGCUGAAAAAUAACUUUCAGGUUAUCCUGACACCAGGAAAGGACUGAGGACUCUAUUCAUACCUGUCCCCAAGGAGACGACAAGGUCAGCCCAAGGACAGGCGCACAGCAGCAUCAGGAGGAGGUGAGAGAGGCUACAGACUAACUGACCAUGGCGUCGUUCGAACCUCAGGGUCAGUCUCCUCCUUGCUGUGGCCCCCAGUUCCCCAGCCUGGGCCAGGAACCUCCAGAACUCAGCAUGUACAGUGACUGCUACUACCCUCCUCCAUCGCUCCCCAGCCCCCAGCGCACCACCCCCACCUCCUAUGACUACAGCACCUCCUCCCCUAAUCCUUACCUGUGGUUCAACGGAUCCGGCAUCAACGCUCCCCCAUAUCUGGCCACCACUGGGCCCCCAGGAAACCCCGGGCCACCCUUCGUUCCCCAGCACUAUGGGAUGCAGAGGCCUUAUCUGGGGCCUGGCGGGGCAGGGGUCCCUGGGGGGGAGCUGGGCUGGUUCUCUCUGCCCUCACAGGAAGACCUGAUGAAGCUGGUCCGCCCGCCCUACUCCUACUCCGCCCUCAUUGCCAUGGCGAUCCACGGCGCCCCGGAGCGGCGGCUGACCUUGAGUCAGAUCUACCAGUACGUGGCCGAUAACUUCCCCUUCUACAACAAGAGCAAGGCUGGCUGGCAGAACUCCAUCAGGCACAACCUGUCACUCAACGACUGCUUUAAGAAGGUCCCCAGAGAUGAGGACGACCCUGGUAAGGGUAACUAUUGGACACUAGACCCAAACUGUGAGAAGAUGUUUGACAAUGGAAACUUCCGUCGUAAAAGGAAGAGGAAGUCUGAUUCACUGUCUGGAGGAGAGGGGGGGUCAGGGGGGUCGGAGCCAGGUGAGCCAGGUCGGAGCCCCGAACCCCCCAGCAACCACGGGAUCGACAUGUCUCCCACGCCAGAGAGAAUCCCCACCCCUUCAACCACAGGUCCCGCCCCUUGCUUGAGCAGCUUCCUGUCUGAGAUGUCUGGAGUGGUGUCAGGGGGAGCCAAUGAGAUCGUAGGAGAUUCGCUGAACCGGGCCCUCCCCAUAACCCUUACCCUGGAUGGGACCCAGAGGCCUACACAGCCUGGGGGUUUUGGUAGUUACUCCCCCAGCUCGGCUGCUUCGGAGUGGGCUUCCCAGCUGCCGCCUCCCCCUGGCCUCUCCUCCUCGCCCACCCACUCUUCCCUGGGUUACAGCAGCCCCAUCCUCAGCCAGUUCAAUGGGCAUUUCUACCCUGGCUUGGGCUCAGCAAGCAUCCUAUACCCACGGGAAGGCACAGAGGUCUGAACAGACUGAUAGACAGGGAGACAGGGAUGGGCAGAAGACAACUAGAGGUCUGAACAGACUGAUAGAGGGGGAGACAGGGAUGGGCAGAAGUUAGCUAGAGGUCUAAAGACACUAAAGAAAGGAGAGUGAGAAAGAGACUUCUACAUGAGACUGAACUGAACCGUCUGCUGACACACACAUAUACACACACACGGUAGUCAGUUAAAGCUGACAGGGCGGGACUCAGUUGCGUGUGACAGCAAGAUGAGCAGGGCCUGGUUCCCACGGAAACAGCCGAGUCAGCAUCGAUGAUGCUUCACGCACACACGCAUGCACACACACACGCACACACACCUGUUUAAUCAUCUAUCGUUGCUGACUGUCAUGACUGACAGUUUUAAUUUGUAUAUAUUUUUAUUGAAUGUGUUCUAUUGUUUAUGUAUGUGUUUUUAUUGUUUAUGUAUGUGUUUUUAUCUCUGAGUGCUUGGGUCCAACAUAUUUGUUCAACAUUGUAGAAUAUUGUUUUGCUAUGAAUGGCUCAGACCUGGGUUCAAAUACAUGUGUUUUGUAUUUGAAUACAUUUAGCUGUGUAUUUAAUUAUUUUGAAAUACACAGCUCAAAACAAGUAUUUUUAUUUGAGUAUUUGAAUGAUUAUUUGUAAAAAAAAACAAAUAGUUGACCACAUUUAAUUUGAAAGUAUUUUCUAAUAUUUAUUUAAAAUACUAUAUAUUUUUUAAAUAUCUGGGAUAAAUGCAUGGGAGUGUAUUCGAGUCAGUGUAUAUGAGUAUUCCCAAAUCAAUUCCAAUAUUCAACAACUUGUUUUUUCUAAUAAAUGUGAUCUGAAUACUUGUUUAGAAAUGACUUUGAAAAGUAUUUGAAAUACCUGAAAUAGUGUUUGAACCCAGGUCUGGUAUGGCUUAAACCAACAUUGGUCUGAUGGUUGUUUUUGAUAAGAAUAAUAAAAUACAGGAAAACGUUCUCUGAA